GUUGUGAUCCAAAAGCGACGGCCGACGUCACACCAUCAUGCUCGGCCGCUUCUUUACCAAGAAGGACGAGCCGAAGAGUUCACGACCUCCACAUGCGGUGGGCCCACCUCAACCGCGUCCUGCCGCUACGGAAGACUCGAACGGCGGAGGCGGCUUUUUCAACCUGCCCCCUGCCGUGACUGGCAAUUCUGCGGCCGCACACCAACAACCUGGGUUCACCAACCCGAACAACGCAUCGUACAGUCACUCACCUGCGAAAACCCAGGUCAUGGGUGGAGGAACUCAACCUCUGUCGUCCACGUUUGGCGGACUCAACCCCAGCAACCCGUACCAACGCCCAAGCGCUGGAAUUCCGUCAAACGGCGGUGCCCCGCCGCCAUCCCUGUUUGGUGGCAUGAGCGUGAAGUCGGCGACGACAAGCGACCCUCCUGCCGUUAUUCCCAGUGCCUCAUCGACACAACGGGAUCAUAAACCCAUGAGUCUCUUUGGAGGAUUAGAAUUGGGAGGAUCCGCUGCUGCCACGUCAUUAACCUCGACAGUGGCAAACGUCCCGACCCCAUCAACCAACCCAUCGCCAUUAAGUCUGUCGGCACUGAACAUUCCCGCAGCGACGUCCAUUCCUGUCGCGUCGACGAUGUUGCCAGACCCGCCAGUCAAGCGAUCGCAGCGAGGGUCCUCUGGCUUCAACUACUUGGACAUGGCACCUCCCGAAGCCACGACGACCGUCGCAUCUGCACCGUCGACCGCUGCGCCAUCGACGACGCCACCCUCGUCAUCGGCCAUUCCCGUCGUCAAGAAAAAGAAGAAACCAACGUUCCGCCCAGGCUUUGGUCGGCAAUUGUCCGAUGAAAGUGCCGCCGCCCUCCAGCGCGGCGACCUGAAGCACGAAGAUAUUGUACCCGAUGCCAAUGUCUCCGUUUCAAAUUCGUCAGCUACGUCGGCGGCAGCCAGCAUCCCAUCCCAACCGGUGACCAAAGCAACUUCGUCGACCUCGAUCCUGAAGGACUUGACCCUGCACACUCCUGCGGCCACCUCCAAACCGUCGGCUCUCGGGCGUUCCGGGCCUUCCUCGAGGUACUUUUGCGGUCCACAUCCUGCUCUCCCUCGCUGCCAUGGGGACCUCACGUCAAUAUAUGGAUAUAGCGCAACUCUGCCGGCGGAGGACUUGAGCAGCUUGCUGGCAAACAUGACCAUUCGCAACUUCGCCAACAACACUACGACCACUGUUCCGGCCUUGGUCAAGGCGCACUCGCAGCGCGCUCUGAGCCCGCGAGUGGCCAGCCAGAGCAGCCCUCGAGCGUCCUUGCCGUCGUUUGCCCUGCACACGUCAACAAACGCUGCAUCUGCUUCCACCAGUGCCGCGAUCGCAUCGUCUGCGCCGACAACGAACGCGGCGAAUUUGACUCCCGAAGACCGCGUCGCGUCCAUCGCUCGCGACCUUGACGUGGCAUCAACCGCGUUCCGCAACGGUCUGGCACAGCUCAAAGGCGAAGAGUCGCAUAUCCUGGACCGCAAAUCGAUGCUGACCAAGCAAAUUGCCCAGUUCAACUUGGACUUGCACGAAGUGGAGGCGUCGCAGCUGCAGGCGGCCGAAGACGAAGACUUUGAGAAGGCUGACGCUCUAAACGCCACGAUAGAGAAGUUGCGCCACUGCAUGAUGCUGGCGCAGAGCGACCUCCGCAAGUGCGAACAAGAUAGUGUCGCGGUCGCCAAGCAAAAAGAAAAACUGGUGCUGCAGCAUGUGCGCAGCGCAAAAGGGACGUGGAAUGCGCUGUCGAAGCUCGACGAGGAACGGUCGGCGGCGCUGGCUGCCCUCAAGGCCGAGGCCAAGACGUUCAAAGCCACGGAGCGUCGUCGAUUUGCCUUUGAGAAGGAGCGCGUGGCGACCGAGCUCCAUCAUGUCACGGUGAACAUGGUCCAUUUGGAGGAAGAAAAGGCCGAGAUCGAGUCGUCGAUUGCGAGUCAGUGCACCGACGAGUACGAGUUGCGCCAGUCCUUGCUGGCGGAGCAAGCGACGGUGGCGGCGGAGAUUGCCGAGCUCGAAGCCAAGCUGGCGACUUGCAGGGCGCACAUGGUCGAGCUGGACGCGGGAAUUGCCAAAGCGGACGAAGGAAUUCAAGUCGUGCGGCAAAAGUUUAGCCGUCAGCUCAAGCGCCUCGUUGAGCGCGAAAAGAGCAUGCUCAAGACGAAGAAAGAAGUUGAAGCGGACGAAGCAGCGAUGCACCGCGCGCAGGAAGGCUUUGAAGCGACCAAGGCGGACUUUGCCGCCAAGCUAACGGCACUCGCCCACCAACUCGCGCGUGUCCAGCGCGAUUUGCACGUCGCAGCGGUUGUGGUGCGUGUUGCAGAAGAACAAAACACGACUCGCCAGGCCAAGGAAGACCGCGCCAAGCGCGUCGAGUCGCAACUCGCGAGUCUGCGGGAUGACGUGCAAGAUGCUGAGAAGAACUGGGCGCUGGCAAAGCACCAACUGGCCGACUUGAACGCCAAGUUGGCUGGGUUCCGCACUGUCAUCAUGACAGCGGGGACGGCGUUGCCACAGCUCGAGGCCGAGAAGAAACAGGCGGCGGCCGAGCGCAAUUUCAAAGAAGCGGCGCGGUUGUCGAAAGAUAUCAAGCAGCUUGAAAAGGACCGCGCGAGUGCCGACGAACAGAUCGAGGUGCUUGGGAUGGAGCUCAAGGAUGCCGAGGCCGUGAUCGUUGAGCGCGAGGCGGCGUUUAAGGCCAAGACGGACGCUUUCCAGGGCGCCGAAAAGACGCUCGACCUCGAGGCGUUGCAAGGACUGUACAACAUGCAUCAUGAUUUGCGCGUCGUGCUGCGCGAGCUAUCGAGAGACGAUCCGAUGAAUGGCGACGACCACCGAUCGUUCCUGCGACCGAUCGCGCUUGGGUUGGUGCAGAGUGAGUUCGACCACGUUGUCGCCGAGAUUGAAGUCCUUGAAGACAAGUACUUGCUCGAGCCGUACGUGAAGCCUCUCGCCGCGGAAACGCCGGAGGAGCUCGAGGCGUCGGCUGUCGUGUUGCCGGAUGCAUCGUGGAGCGACAGCGAAGACGACGACGAGGCUGGCCUUGACGAUGCGAAUGGCAAGUCGAUCUCGUCAGCCAGACGUUCCAAACCGGAGGCCACUGCGCCGGCACAGAAGGAGGGCGCUUCGCCGUCCUCUUCGACUCGUUCCAGCACGAUCGUGGUGGACAUGACUCCGGCAGCGUUGGCGGAAAAGAUCGCCGAGGUGGAAAAGCAGAUCGAAGCAGCGACCGACGAGGAGGACUACGAGCUGGCCGCCCAGUUGGACGAGCAGCUGGAGACGUGGGUCGCGCGCCUGGCGGCCCUUGAACAGGAGCGAUCGUGCGGCCCAAGCGAAGUGGACCUGCGCGCCGAGCUGGAGGCGCUCCAGCAUGCCAUUGAGGCACUGGCGGGGCAAAUCGAACACGCAACGAACGAAGAAGAGUACGAGAUCGCGGCACAUUUGGACGAAGAUCUGGUCGCGGCGCAAACCCGAAAGACGGAGAUUCAACUGCAGUUGGCGGCGAUGGAGCCCCCGGCGGAAGACGUUGGCGAUGACAACGUCGUUGACGAUGCCGAGAGUGCCGAGGAGGACAAAGAAAAACUAGACACCCACCAAGACCAGGCACAUCAAGUCGUUGAAGAACGCCACGAUGCUGCCGAUGACGCAGUGGUGAAGCCCGUUGAUGCUGGAGAGGCCUUUGCUCCUCCUCCAGCGUCCACGUCGCUCUUUGCGGGGCUAAACACCGUCAAGUCAACCAGCCCGACCGCCGGUGGUGGCAGUUUGUUCGGAGGACUCGCUGUCGUAGCGGAGCCGAUGGCAGGAAUCCCGCCUGCUGCCCCGACGACGUCCUUGUUUGGAGGCUUGACGAUGGUCCAAGCCGCGGCUGUAGAGAUCCAGGACGCGAUUCAUGAUGAAGCAGGAGACCACGGUGCGGACGAAGCCUCCGAUCAUGCCGACGAGCAACACGUCGUUGACGAAGUGAUGGAAGAUGGCGAUGGAAUGGUGACAGCACCAUCUGGAGAAGCCAUUGAAGAAGCCGCACAUGCCAAGGAUGAAGACGACAUGGAAGUGCAUGCGGCGGUAACGAGCCCUGUCGUUGCCAAUGGAGAUUUCACCAACAACGACGAAGAGGAGCCUGAGCACGCAAUGGAAAGUGCUGUAGUCGACGACUCGCCUGCAUCCUCGCCUUUGUUUGGAGGCCUCUCGCUUGGCACCCCGUUGGAGCCAACUCCUGCGUCAGGAUCGUCAAGUUUGUUUGGCGGGCUGUCGCUGCAAACCACGUCACCUGUGAGCUUUGCGCCGCUGGACAGUACAUUGGAAGGUCCCCGAUCGCCUACAUCGUUUGGGUCACUCUUUGGCGGCCUUUCUGUCGCGGCUCCACAAACAACACCGUCGGAUUCGCUCGGAGCACCAGAGGUCGGCGGCUCGUCCUUGUUUGGCGGGCUGUCUCUCGCACACACCACUCCUGGGCAUGGGGAGACUGUCCAUACCGGCUUCGUUCUACCGUCUCCCGAUACCGCUACGAGCACAGUGGACGCGUCCUUCGCCCUCCCGACUCCCGACCCAGUCGCCGCCGAUGAGGUAGUCGACAACUUAACUUCUUAGAUGCAUGUUGGAAU